CCGAAGUCGACGGGCGCGGACGUACGCCGCGUAUUAAUAGCCACCGCGAGUGGUCACCGCAACCGAGCGCUGCGAGCCCCACGCGCCACGAGUCGCACCACGACCGCGCGCCACGUCGCACGCGUCCCGCGCCACGCACCCCAUACGCGUAAACACGACAACGAAGUAGCGUGCGCGAAAGCGAAACUCAAAACAAAACUACAAAAAAAUUAAAAAACUUCGUCGUCAACGGUGAAAGUGAGAGGGACGUGCGUGCGGCGAUCGCGUAAAUACGCGGUGCGCAAAAAGUGCCGCCGUCAGUGAAACUAGUGAAAAGUUUUUUCGCCGCGUACGGGGGACCACCCCUCAGCGCCGGAAAAAAUCGGCCCCUCGCGUCCCUCGCCCGCCCGCCGCCGAACUUUUCAUUCACCGGGGAAAAAAGUGUGGCAAGGCCGCCGUGACGUCACCGUGUCAAGUAGCCACGCGCUCGUUCCCUAGCAACGUGUUGUCACGUCUCAUCAUCGUCCCUUCUUGUCAAACUUAAGACAGUCUAAGUGCGGUCGACUUCUUGGCCUAGUGUGUGACUAUGUCGCCAGUGUGUGACGAUGGUGUUCGGUGGGUGUGAGCGUCGGUGACGGGUGUAGUAGUGUCAUGUAGCAGUGGCUGGAGGCAGUAGACUCUAUGUGUAGCACGCAGCGCGCGCGGGUGUCGAGGAUGCACCUGACGGGCGCCAGCAGCGGCGCGGUGUCGCCUGACACCAGCUCCACGCUGCUGCACGAGACCUACACGAAGAUGACAUCCGAUAUCCUCGCGGAACGAACACUUGGCGACUUCUUAUCUGAACAUCCGGGGGAGUUGGUGCGAACGGGCAGCCCUCACUUCGUGUGCACUGUGUUACCUCCUCAUUGGCGAUCAAACAAAACUCUGCCCGUGGCGUUCAAAGUGGUUGCUCUAGGUGACGUAGGGGACGGCACGCUGGUGACGGUCAGAGCUGGUAACGACGAGAACUGCUGCGCUGAACUGAGGAACAGUUCGGCAGUGAUGAAGAACCAGGUCGCCAAGUUCAACGAUUUGAGAUUCGUCGGCCGCAGCGGUCGCGGUAAAUCGUUCACACUUACGAUAACUGUAUCGACGACGCCGCCUCAAGUGACGACUUACAACAAAGCGAUCAAAGUGACGGUGGACGGUCCAAGGGAACCUCGAUCUAAAACCAUGCUCUCACUCCUAGGACAGCAGCAGCAGUUCCACUUCGCAUUCGGACAGAGGCCGUUCCCGUUCCCCCCCGACCCUCUGGGAGGGUUCCGAAUGCCACCCAUCACUACAUGCCAGAAUAUGAGUCAAUUCGGUCUUAGUUCGAGUAACUCGCACUGGGGAUACGGCGGUGCAGGCGCAUACCCAGCAUACCUCCCGUCCUGUGCAGCGCCAGCAGCAUCACAGUUCAACCCCCCAGCGCUGGGCUUCGCUGGUACUGUUCCUGAUCAGACGCCUACGCAAGAUUUUACUGCUAAUAAUACAGUUCUACCAGACACGACAGGCGUCGACCUAGACCAGCAGCUAUCGGGCCUCGUCGGCUCCUCCCCGUCACACCACGGCAGCCUCUUACCUCGCUACAACAACAACACCGACUACAGUCUCUCGACGGGCCCUCGAUCACUUAGCGAUAACAGUUCACAGCCCGAGUCACCCGUACAGGACGAUUUACUCACUUCAAACACAUCGACAAACAUCGGCCACAAUCACACAAACAGCUCAAACUUCCCCUCGUUAAUGGGAUCACAGAACACUUCGUAUGGCGGCAGCAACUGCAACAACUCGUUAUACCCCGUCCUCCCGGCCAGCUUACUGUACAGCCAGUUGUAUACCGCCGCCAACCAGACGCACAACUUCCACCCGUUGCACUCCAACUCGAUACACUCCACGCAAAAUCACCAUAACGAGCUUCAAACUAUGAUGGACCAGAUAUCGUCCACCACGAACAAUCACAGACAACACGGCAAUCAUGGGCAAGACCUGCUCCUGGGUGGAGGGAACUCCUGUGCGGCGGCGGCGGCUAGGGGUGAGGACGGACGGGUGAAUAAUCUCGGACAAAGAGGUAAUCCGCAGCCAGACAGUAACACGGUGUGGCGACCCUACUAAACAAAGUGAUGUUCCUUUUAUUGCACCCAUACGAACAAUAUGUGUUGGUAGAUAUAUCGUCUGUGUCGAUACCUCGGGUAAACCAGUAGUGUGUGUCCCUUUUGUAUUUUUCAUGUGACGAAUAGUGGUUUUACACUGUUUCGACGUCUUGAUUCUAGAUGAGAAUUGUUAUAGAUCGAAACAGAGAGGAGGCAACGAAAUAGAUUCUCGAUUGCGUUUUGAACUAAAUUAAUUUGUAAAAUACGAGAUACAGGUGAUUGGAUUAGUUGAAAUUUGUAUGUAACCUAGUUCCAAAGUUCGCUCCCGUCCUAAAUUUAUACGAUUCUGUUGAUUAAAAAAAUAAAAUUGACAUUUUAGAACAUUUUGGUCGUAGUCUGGAUUUUAAGCAAGGAAAUGUUUGGUUACAAUGUUGUUGUAAGUGUCGGUGAUAGAGAAUAUAUCAUACAUUUAGUUUCAUCUCACUAGUUUUGAUACAUACACCAAUUAUUGGUUCAAAUAUUGGCUAGCCAACACCUACAAGUGUAGUUCAUGACUUUGCUCCAACUUUAACCAACUUACCGUAUACGAUUAGAGUCAUGCGCUCACCACUAUGGCAUUGGUUGUUGGCCGUCCAACAUUUUGACAGGAGCAAGAUGUAAAAAAGAUUUAACUUUGUCUUUUAAUGGCAAACUUGUAAAUAAGAACUGUGAAUACUUAUUUGUUGUAAAUGCAUCUUGUAAAGUGCAAUAGAUGUGCAAUUAUCAAGUUGAGUAGAUGUAUACUUAGUUCUAAGUAACUAUCUGUUGAGUAUGUGAACUCUGUCCAAUUUGUAGAUAACUUUAGAUCAGAUUUUCGUUUAGUUUUGUUAUUAAAAUUAUUGUAUAGUUUGCAUUUUUUGUAUAGUUGUAUUUCAGAAUUAAUGUGACGAUAUUGUAUGACUAUUUGGCUGUUUAUAGACAUGUUUCCAAUUUAAAAUUUAAUGUUUUCAACAGCUAAGUUCACGUGUUUGUUUUAUUCGUUAAUUGUAAUUAAAAUUAAUUAACUGGCGAAGUUUUCUGUUUUAAUUAUUACAUGUUUAUAUUUUUAACAAUUUGUGCAAUACUAAAAUAUUGAAUGUACUGUAACAAUGUGGUUUAACUUUGCAUAGCAAUUCAUUUGUCGU